AGUCACAAAAAGCCUUUCAGAGCACAAUACCUGAGCCAAGAAGCCAAGAAGAACCAAUCAUGAUCAGUUCCAAGAGAUUUUCCCAAUUGACGAGGAAGUGGCAAAGGGUUAAGACAGACACUGGAGAUGCUGACACAUGCUCCACCACUUCUCCAGUUGCAGACAAGGGCCACUGCGCUGUGUACACGGCGGAUGGGAAGAGGUUUGAGGUCCCAUUAGCAUACCUCGGCACAAUGGUCUUCAGUGAGCUGCUGAGGAUGUCCCAGGAGGAGUUUGGGUUCACAAAGGAUGGUAGGAUCACAUUGCCUUGUGACGCAGCUGCGCUGGAGUAUGUGAUGUGCUUGCUCAGAAGAAAUGCAUCAGAGGAAGUGGAGAAAGCGUUCCUAAGCUCCGUAGUGAUUCCUUGCCAGCAUUCAAGCUAUACAGUGCCACCAGUGGCGCUGCAUCCGCAAUUUGCAGUUUGUAGCUCCUGAAGACAUGCAGCCUAUUCAGGAUUCUACAGCUAUUAGUGUAAUACACUUUGUACUCUUGUAUGUGUACUACUCUGACAUAAUUAGAAG